GAGUGCCGUCGCACGAUAACAAGCCCAGCUAGCUGCCGCCCACCACCGUGCCGGUUACAUGGGAGGCCCUGGCCGGAGGGCGGUCGUCACCGGGUUCUACGUCUGGGGCUGGGAGUUCCUCACCGCGCUCCUCCUCUUCUCCGCCGCCGCCGCCUCCUCCACCUACUAGCUUUGUUUCUUUCUUCAUCAUAUUCAUACCACAGCCAUAUACAUACAUAUAGAUAGUCACCGAGUGAUCAGUAGCUAGGUAGUCAAGUAGGCGAUCGACGAUGGCCGGGGCGACUAUGGCGCAGCAGCCGCAGAAGGGUGGCGGUGGAGUGACCAGGGGCUUUGGAGGCGGCGGCGGCGGCGGGCCGGCGCCGUUCCUGACGAAGACGCACCAGAUGGUGGAGGAGCGGGGCACGGACGAGGUGAUCUCGUGGGGCGAGCAGGGGCGGUCGUUCGUGGUGUGGAAGCCCGUGGAGCUCGCCCGCGACCUGCUCCCGCUCCACUUCAAGCACUGCAACUUCUCCUCCUUCGUCCGGCAGCUCAACACCUACGGUUUUCGGAAGGUGGUGCCGGACCGGUGGGAGUUCGCAAAUGAGAAUUUCCGUCGAGGUGACCAGAGCCUCCUUACCGGCAUCCGCCGCCGGAAGGCCACGACGACGACUCCUCAGUCGUCCAAAUCCUCAGGCAGUGGCGUAAAACUUGGGUUCCCUCCGCCACUGCCCCCUCUGCCUCCCGCGUCGGCCAGCACGUCCGGCGCCGGCAACGACCACAGCUCUUCGUCGGCGUCCUCGCCGCCGCGUCUGGACCUCACCAGCGAGAACGAGCAGCUCAGGCAAGACAACCACACGCUGGCAUCGGAGCUGGCUAUGGCGCGGCGGCAUUGCGAGGAGCUCCUGGGCUUCCUGUCGCGCUUCCUGGACGUCCGGCAGCUUGACCUGCGUCUGCUGAUGGACGAGGACAUGCAAGGCGCUGCCGGCGGCGAGCGGGACCACGCCCACGAGGCGGAACAAGAGCACAUCCCUGAGGAAAAGAAAGUAAAGCUGUUCGGCGUGCUCCUGAAGGAGACGACCACGAGGAAGAGGGCGCGGUGCGACGAGGCAGUGGCCAGCGAGCGGUCGAUAAAGAUGAUGAGGAUGGGUGAGCCGUGGGUCGGCGUGCCAUCCUCGGGUCCGGCACGGUGCGGCGGCAAGAACUGAUGCGCACCGCGCCGCGCUGCGCAGGGGCAGCAUUGGCUCCGUUGAUGACCAGAAUGGUCCCAUCAACGUUGUGCUUAGGGAAAAUUCAGAAAAGCAGAGUAAGGACACUAAAUUCUGAAGGUAAGCUUGUUAAAAUUAAUUGAGGUAUGCUGGAGAAGUAGGAAGGCUGGAACAUGAAGAAUGUAGGAAGGUUGCAAGAUGGUGUUCAUGCUGAUCAGAGCCGCGCAGCUGUCUCCACCACAUAAAAGGUGUGAAGAACUAAUGCUAGCAGUACUAAAUUUGACGAGGUGUGAAAUUACACCCUUGUUGAGAUAUACAUAUGUUUUUUUUUAUCGUGAAGUAUAUAGUGACCUGGUUACCCAUUGUCUAUUAAAAGACUUGCUGCUACU